UGAGCUAAGAGUUUCGGGAUGAAAUAACUUUUUUACUUGCAAGCUGUAAUCAUCCCCGGGACUGGAAAAAACACUUUAUUUUGUAUUUUAAUUUUAACAGUUCUGGAGGGGAAAUAAUGGCAUUCUUUAUUUCUAUUUAAUCGUAGCUCCGGUUACAUUUGAACGUUACAGAAACAUGGCGGCGUCCUUGAACAACUCUGGGAGCGCGAGGCUUCUGGCUGCGCUGGCCCGCUCCAGCGUUCUGUUCAAAUCCUUGGAAAGCAGAAGCCUCCAUGUGACGGCGGUCUGCUGCAAGAACCGAGCGGCUCGGAUCCGAAUUGGCAAAGGAGACAAACCGCUGACCUACGAGCAAGCGCAUCAUCCUCAUCAAAUCGCGCACCGCAAAGGAUGGCUGUCUCAGCACACCGGUAACCUCAAAGGGGAGCAGGGAGCGGCUGAGAGAACAGUGGAGGACGUCUUCAUCCGGAAGUUCAUGUUCGGGACCUUCCACGGUUGCCUGGCCGACGAGGUUGUGAUCAAACGCCGUGGAAACACGCUCAUCAUUUGCGCUCUGAUGCUACAGAAGAUGCCGCCUCAGAAGUUUUACUUUCUAAUCGGAUAUUCAGAGUCGCUGCUGUCCCACUUCUAUAAAUGCCCAGUAAAGCUGGAUAUUCAGACUCUGCAGGAUAAGGCUGUGUACAAGUAUCUAUGAAACAUCUAAAAAAGUGAAAAAAGAGAACGAAGGAAGCAUUGGAAAUACGAAAUGCUUUGAAAAGGCUGUUUGUUGUAUUCAUUGACGUGUCUCUUUAAGUUAUUUAAUGCAGAAGGUGAAACCUGUUCAGACUCAGAUAUCCAUUAGCAUUCAGUAGUUUAAGCAGAGAAAGUUUAAAGUUUGCAUUUUGUAUCAAUGUGGAAACAGAUUUUUGAUGUUAUUAAAGUUAUGAAAGGAGGCAGAUUAUAAAUAGAUGAAUGUCACAAUAAAAGUAAGUCAAAUUAAACUAAUUGGCUGCAGAAUUCUUAUCUUUUUAUGCAAAAACACCUUUAAUUGUUUGCUGACAAUCUAUGUGGAAAUGGUGCAGGUGAGGAUUUACUGUAAAAAGCUUUGUUACCACAAAAGGAAUAUUGAAUUAAAGUGGUUCUAAUUAAA